AUAGAAGAAGAAAAGUCGGGUUAGGGUUAGCCGUUUACUAUAUCCAAUAAUUCAAAAUUUUGAAUGGACUGAAGUGCAGAAUCGCCUCAACACUGUAAUAAUCAUUAAUAAUCAUUAUAUUUAAUAAUAAUUAGUAAUUAGUGAAAAAGAUGGCAGGCCUGCGCUCGCCUGCAUGUUAACUUACCUCAAAGCUACCACCGAAGAAGAAGUCGGAGCGGCUUCAGACAACGCAAAAUCGACGCGACUUUAAACCAGGUGAAAUCGAGACUUUGAAAACAUCAAUAAAGUGGUUGCGGGAGCGACUAAUGUCACAUUCGGACUAUUCAACAGAAUAAUGGCGUCGUACGAGGAGAGCGAACUAGAACGUAAACAACACGAAGCUAAUGGCAAGAAUCACAUCGCGAUGCACAUCCAAGGCGUCCAACAAUUGAUCGAUCAUCAGGAUGGGAGAUCGAGUUUGGACCAAGAGGGUUCACAGGUCCCGCAUGUUAAACAAGAAGAGGAGGAGACUGACGUCAGCAAGUUGCCACUGACUGUCGUUAUUGUGAAGGGUGAAGACGACAAAGACGAACCGGCCGAGCGGUCACGGCUUCAUCGUAGCAGUCCAAGUGGAAGACCCCCACCGGAAGACCUCUUAGCUCCACUUUCGGGCAGCGGCGACACAGAAGAACCUUUGAGGAGCUGCUCAGACUGUCAAAAUGACAACAAAGAGUGCUGUGAAAAGGAAACAACUCUGGGCAACGUUUGUGUUAAACGUUCCGCUAAGAAACAACACGCCAAGACGCCCGCAGGAGAAAAACCUUUUAGUUGCCCAUUUUGUGGUAAAACGUUUGCUCGAAAGGAGCAUGUGCAGGCACACGUGAGAAUACACACUGGAGAGAAACCCUUCAGCUGCUCGACCUGUGGUAAAGCAUUCCCUCAUAAGGAAACCAUGAUUGCACACCUGAGAUCACACACGGGAGAAAAUCCCUUUGGUUGUUCAAUUUGCGGUAAAACGUAUUCUCGUAAGACACACGUGGAAUCACACAUGAGAACACACACGGGAGAAAAACCCUUCCCUUGCUCAGUUUGUGGUAAAAUGUUCUCGCAAAAGCCAAACAUGGUUAAACACAUGAGAAUACACACGGGAGAAAGGCCAUUUGGUUGCUUAUUUUGCGAUAAAGCGUUCCUUCAUAAGUCGCACGUAGAGUCGCACAUGAAAAUACACACGGGAGAAAAACCCUUUCGUUGUUCAGUUUGUGAGCAAACAUUCUCCCAGAAGCAAAAUCUGGUGUCACACAUGAGAACGCACACAGGAGAAAAGCCUUAUAGUUGCUCAGUUUGUGGGGAAAGCUACGCUCAGAGUAAGACUUUGACUGCACACAUGAUGCGGAGACACAACAAAGACGGGGAAAUGUGCAGGAAUCCCCCGCAAUAGCGCCGCACAAAUGAAUUUGCCCGAGUUUCCAGUAUGUAAACGAAUAUUUGGAGCGAUACUACAUUGUCCUAAAGCAGUGCUUCUCAAAUAGUGGGGCGCGCCCCCCUUGGGGGGCGCGAUGCUAUUCCUGGGGGAGCGCGUGUGACCCUGGGGAACAGGCUUUUUUUUUGGCAGUACUAGAAUAAAGUGUAAUUGCGCGUUUACUACAGCAGGGGACAAUGGCGCUCUCAUUGUUACUUCUGUGACGUUUGCGACAGUGCAACAUUUUACGACUUACAAGACAAGUUAGGAUAGUCACGGUGGGGAGGGGGGGCGCGAAUAGUUUUCUUCUUGCUAGGGGGGGGCGUAACAGAAAAUAAUUGAGAAGCACUGUCCUAAAGGUUAGACACAUGUUUCCUCAAUUUGGAAGUUUUAUAUUGAUUUUUAAAUGUUUUUCUUAAUUUGGGGGGAAAAAAUCCGCGAUGUAGUGAAGCCGCGACAAACGAAACGCGAAGUAGUGAGGGAUCACUGUAUUACGCGCCCAUCCGGUCAACAAAAUAGUUCAGUACUCGAAAAAACUCGAGCUGCAGCGGCAGCACUGAACACUCAGUGAAGACUCAUUAUUUAGCAACAUGAAAAAAGGCGGGACGAGACUGGCGUCACUAUUUUGGAUAUCUUUUUGCCCGCGGGAUCUUUAAAAUAAAAGUGUCCUAAUACGGCAAGUAAUUGGUUCAUUGCAAGUAUUUACAAUAAAAGGCAUUAAAGCGAAUUGAGUCCCCCGUCAGUUAUUUUCAUCACAGAGUUAUUCUACGUAUGAGGACAUUGUAACGUAAAAUCCCGUACAGUAGUUCACGGUGAUGCUUUAACUUUGAAAGGCAUAACUUUCUCACUUCCGCGGUGCUUCCGCUGUUAGCGUCGCAAGCUUGGUGAAGCGUUGAACAACGCUGGCGGAGAAAAAGCGGAUCAAUUGGUACGCGGAGGUCGACUGCGAUUGUAGCGCGACGCCGAACGUCGAGUCGGUUGGACCGAAGCUGGAACUCGGUCUUUCCCUCCAGGAGUUCGGCUGCACCCCCCCCAGUGUGAAUGCUUCAGGGGCGACUCUAAUUCCUGGUGUUGCUCCUCCCCCUCCUUCCCCCUCCCCAUCCCUCCAGUGACCCCAUCCCCCACCCCCCACCCAGGUGGAUGAAUGAAGACCCCCUUCAAGAGCCCAGAGGCCCCGCGGCCCCGAGCGGACGGAGGACAUUCUGGUGUGUCAGUCAACAUGAUGAAGCGGAAGAAUCUUCACAAGUAA